AUGGGUGAUUAUACUCCUAAAGAAAUCGUCGAUAUGUUAGUAGUUUUCGGAGAAUGUUUUGGCAAUUACCGUGAAGCUGCGAGACUUUACCGAAAUCGGUAUCCAAACAGACGACAUCCAAAUAAUACCGUCAUUCGGAGGCUUAAGAUAAGAGCCGAACAGGGUCAGUUGACUCGUCGUCACGCUAAACGUGAUUAUGAUGUUGAUAAUGUACGUGUUCUGGCUGUCUUAGCGGCUGUUCACAUUGACCCUCAUAUUAGUACGCGUCAAAUAGCUAGACAAACAGGUAUACCUCAGAGAACGAUUGUGAGAAUUUUGAGGAAAAAGAAGCAUCAUCCAUACCAUAUUACAUUAACGCAGGCUCUAACUCCAAAUGACAUGCGACAACGUGUACUGUUUUGUCAAUGGGCUAGAUAG